UCAUCCAUUUAAAGACAUUAUUAAAAUUUAGUUGCAUAUUUAAUUAUUUCAAAAUGUUGGGGCGGAUUUAUCCGCUGGCGGUGUUGUUAGUAUUCGCUGGUGUUCUUACAAAAGCAUCAUGCACGGAGAAAGGGAGUUUGACCUUUGUAAUAGAUGAUACUCUCUCUAUGAAGGAUGACAUAAAUCAAAUCAAAAGCAGUAUAAUCAAGACGCUAAGCGUUUUCAAUGAGACAUCCAGUGUCAGCGAUAUAGUUGUCGUCACUUUCAACAACACAGAUGCACAGUUGGUGGCAAAAAAUAGCGACGAAGUUGACACAGCAUUGAAAGACAUUAAAGCACUCAGUAAAAAUGACCCUCGGAAUCAAGUACUAUCCAUGGAAGGAUUGAUCCUAGCUUUGGAGAACAGUAAUCGAGGCUCCCACAUAUACGUGUUCACCGAUGCUUCAGCCAAAGAUCACCAGAAAGCUCGCAUUGUCAAAGAACUAUGUCAGGAAAAGCAAUCUCAGAUUUAUUUUAUGAUUACUGGAAGUAAUACGAAGCACUAUCAAGAUGGAAGUAUGGCUACGUAUAACGACAUAGCUGAGACGUGUUCAGGCUUGGUGUAUGUAGUAAACAAACUAGAAGCUUCAAAGGUAUUCAGAUUAAUAAGCAAUAUUGUAAUUGGCGAAGAAAUUGUAGUUUAUCAAAAGAAUUUUCCCGUCCUUCUUUCGAAAUAUAAUUAUAUUCAGUUCAAUGUAGACCAAUUAACCAAAGACUUGACCAUCUCCAUGACUGGCAAAAACUUGAAUAGAGUGUUUAACAAAGACCUUGACAAGUCAAGAGACAAUAUUGAGACUGACAAUUUUAAAGUAUACAAUUUGAUGGACGUAAAACCUGGCAAACAUUUUUUUAAAGUGAAAAGUGAAUCAGAGACAUCAGUCGUCAUAACGGGCAGGUCUGAUUUCUUCUUCAAACAUGGUUUCUCGGAGCUGAUGCCCAAGUCACUUAACGACACGUUUCUUCAACCAAUAGCCGAUGCAAAUGUCCACUUGUCCGUAUUAGUUUCCGACGUAGGUAAAUCAGUGGAAAUAAUAAAAGCCCAGAUCUUAGGAAUGCACGGAAAACCGAUCACACCAGAUCUUAAUUUGACAAAUAUUUCUAAAGAUUUUUACGUUACGCCACCCUUUGUUACGCCAAAACAAAGAUUCAGAGUAGUGGUUAAUGGGAGACUGAAAGGAUCAAAGGAUUGUUGUAUGAUGCGUUUCGCCAAGAUUCCUGUUACGCCACUAAACUUACGAGAUAAUCGAGUACUUAAAGUAGUUAUUGCUGAUGGCAAAGAAAUUUCUGUAGAAUACAAUACUUCGUUGAAAUUAACUUGUAAAGUGACCGCAUUUCCUAAGCCUAAAAUAUCUUGGCUUAAUAAACAGGGACAAACAAUCGACUCUAAAAGUUCGAUGGUCAAAUACCCGUAUGACUACAUAAGUUACCUGGAAGUGUCUAUGUUAAAAGAUGAUCAAUACACAUGCUCCGCAACCAAUGACAUCGGACUGAAAAGUACAUCAAUUGCCGUCAAAGUUAAAGAUACUUUUACAGUAGUUAACACACCCUCACGUGCGGAAUUUAAAUACGGAAAGCCAGGUACCCUAAAAUGUGAUAUCAAGUCGAGUCUUCCCAUAAAUAUCCGUUGGUACCAUUUGAAUGAAAUGUCUGGAAUCAAAAAACAAGUACUUGAUUCCAAAGACUACUCAAUAUCUGCGGACAAAACUGAACUGAAAAUAAUCAAAAUGGAUGUGGAUUUGGAUGGAAAGUAUGUCUGCCAAGCUUAUCUGGUAAACGAUAAAAAAACCCAAAUGGAAUUAAGUAAAAUAGUUGAAAUUACUGGUUUAGUUGCUCCAAAAGUUCAAACACAUGCUAACAAAAUAGGGAUCAAAGGUGCACCUGUCGUUUUAGAAUGCAACGUGACUGGUAUACCAAUGCCAACUAUCAAAUGGCAGUUUAGAGGCAAAUCUGGUUCUAAAUUUGAACCGCUAGGUGAGACUGGAAGCGUGCUACGUAUCAGUAAUGUAGAAGCCAAACACGAGGGUCAAUACAAGUGUGUGGCAGAAAACACAAAAGCUAAGAAUGAGAACAUUACAACAUUAUUCAUUCAAGAAAAACCAAAGAUAAAGGGUGUUGGUGCCUUAACAAUUAAACUUGGCUUACCGGUUGAUAUAGUAUGCAGGGUUGUAGAAGGCUUUCCAAAACCAAAUAUAACAUGGUUCGUGAAUAACUCGGGAAAAAAAUUCAAACCAAUCGCCGGAACGCUAGACGUGAUGCAUAUUGCGAAGGCUGAACACAAACACACCGGUCGCUACAAGUGUGUGGCACAGAACGAAGCUGGAAAGGCCGAACACAUCACUAGCCUUACUGUGGAAUUACGACCAGUAAUCGUUACGAAGUCUAAAUCAGUAGAAAUCAUAGAGGGCGAUGCAGCGAUAAAGAUACCUUGCAAAGUUAUAGGGGGUCCACAACCUGCUAUUACAUGGAAAAUAAAUGACACUAUUAUUAAAGCUAACGGAAAAUACUCGUUCAGCGAAGGAUCACUAAUUAUCCAAAAUCCGAAUAAAACAGAAAUUGGUAACUACACCUGUGAAGCCAAAAACAAGCUUGGAUCAACCAAUGCCGUAAUUGAAGUUACAUUUGAAAAAAGACCCAGCACAUUCGGAACAAAACAUUUCGUGUACCUAUUAUAUGGUGAAAAUAAGAAUAUCGAAUGUAAAGCGUAUCGAUCUAAAUCUCAAACGCUUAAAUGGUUCGAUAAUGAAGGAGAGUUGAAUAAAAAAUCCAUUCAAAUAACUAAAGCAUCAGUUUCAAAUGACGGCAACUACACAUGCCACGUGAGUGACAAGCAGGGACACACAGAAACACACACAUACAUCGUAAAUGUGGGCGGUCCACCCAAACUAUUGGCAGAUAAUCCUCUCAAUGAUUGGCGCGGUGAAAUACAAGAAAUCCAAUCUAACUGCGAUAGUGACGCAAAACCACAAGCUACAGUUCAAUGGAAAUACAAUGGUAAAGUGAUACCCGAUAGCGAUGUGCAAGAUCUAGGAGUUAUCUACAAAUGGGGUCAUUAUACUUGCAACGUCUCUAAUCCACACGGCUUUGUAUUGAAAGAGUUUGACGUAAAUUCUUCUGUGUGUUUGAUACCCAAAAACUUAAAAGACGCCGGGUAUAUGCCACUGCCACUCAACGAAGACGGAACUUGGGCGAAUUGGAAGACCUCAAAAUAUUUCUUUGUAGUAGAUGCAGGAGAAAUAAUAACCCUAUCAUGUCCGAACAGCACAGAUGCUCCCAAUUCUUUCAAAAUAUUCCCAACGAAGACUGAAAUAAAAGCAAAUUGUUCUAAGGAAGACAAAUUUGUGGUGGACGCGGGAAUGUAUAAAGUUUCGGAGCUGCAAUGCAAUAAUAAGUAUUAUUUCACAAACAAUGCUGAACGAAUAAGAUUUUGGUUUGCCUCUGGUAGUUUCUCGUCUUAUGGUCUAGUCUGUUUUUACUUCUUUUUAUUUAUUUUUUACUACUACUUGUAGAAAUUAAGCUGAUACCAGAAAUGUAGGAAACUGAUGAAUUGUAUCACCAUUUUCGCUGUAGAUACACAUUUCCCAAAUUGGUGCAAUCAUUAUGUGUGUUGAAACAUCUGAGGCAUCCAAAACUAAAGGAUUUUUCACCUCUUACAAUUUCACUCUUAGAUUUGUAUAUUUUAAGUACCAUAAUCAAACUAACUUUUGAAUUAUUAGCCGACUUGUGUAAUGUGUUGUAAUCUUUCCAAAAAAUAUUGUUAUUACAUAAUAGGAUAUUAUAUUAUAAGAUAUCUGUAAUGAUUGAUGUAGUAUGAAAAUAAAUAGAUAACUAAAUUAA